AUGUCAGACAAGGGCAAAGGAAAAGCGACAAACCCAAUCAGUUUCGACUCAGAUAGUGAUGACGAUUUCUUCGUCAGUAGACGUAGACCAAUAAUCAGAGAGACCACCGCUCCUAGAUCCCCUACUCCACCCAUUCGCACUCACUCCGACUCCGAAGACGACGAUGAUGCUUCGCCCGGCAGUCAACGAAAGAAGAAACCCCGCAAAGCGCCCCUUAAGAAACCCACACUUGACUUACCUGCAUGGACAAGACACGGUUCUAAUGGUGAUCAGAAGAAUGGAAGUAGAUCAAGAAAGAGUAGUAGUCAGAUCAGAGGCAGUAAGGAAGAAAGAGCGGACAUGAUUGUUAUUGAUGAUUCCGAUGAAGAAAUUGGAAUCGUAGGUGGAUCAAGUUCGAAGCACAUGAAGAAAGUCACGAGGAAGAGAGUCCAGCUUACUCCUCCGCCGGAGAUGAGUGAGAAGAGCAAAGCGGAUAUUGUCAAACUUGUUCGCGAGCAUAUGAGCGAGAAGUAUGGUGAUCAAGCGCCUCUGGAAGAUUCAGCCAGCUCCCCGGAGAAAGAUAGAAACGAUGUUGAAAAAGUACAUGUCACCAUACGAAUGCAAGCUCCUCCAGAGAAAAAGCAGACUGCCGCUCCGGCUGCUAUUAAGGAAUAUCAGAAAGCCAGAACGUUGAUUCUAUCUAGAACCGGCCCAAUGUCAACGGGUAUCUCAAUCUUGAGUGAACGCAUACAGAAACGUCCCGAAGAUGUUAUAUUAGUAUAUGACGAUAAGAGGGUAUAUCCGAGAUCUACACCUGCGCAAUUGGGUAUAUUGGACAAAGCUGAGAUGAUUGGUUACGAGAAAGAUUAUUGGAUGAAGUUGGAAGCCGAUAAGAUAAGGGCAUUGGAGGAAGAUCUAUCGUUCAGUAACAACAAUGAUGAUGAUGAAGAGGGAGAGGAUGAUGUGAUACCACUGAAUCCGAAUGGUAAUUCUCCCUCAAUAUUUUCCAAACCAUCUUAUACUUCUCAGCUUCAAACACGAACACAAUCGCAAUCGCAAUCGCAAUCUCUACCUCAGACCCAGACUCAGACACAAACACAGACACAGGCACAACAGGAUAUAAUACAUUUCAAAAUAUCUUCGUCAUUUGGGGAAGAACGUAUGAAAGGACCCAAAACGCUCAAACUCCAUUCGGUCAUUCGAUUCUACCUGAAGAAAUUGGGUAGACCAGUUGAUGAAGCUGACAAGUGGUAUAUAAUGUUUGACGGGGAGAAGUUGGAUAGAUCAUUGAGGAUUGAAGAGACAGAGGUGGAAGAUGGUGAUAUGCUGGAAGCUGGUAUGUAG